UGGUGAAUGUUCCGCUUCUUGUUUGGGGUUUUUGGUGAGUUUUUUUGAAUUUUCCUUCUCUUGUUGAUUUUCCAUUUCUUGAUUCCAUUCUAAUGGUUGCUCUGUUGUUUAUUCCUCUUUUUGUCUCCAACUUAGUUAUAUAUCUCUCUCCUGUUCUGUUUCCUGUUCUUGUUCUUCUUGUAUUCUUGAUUUUCUUUAUUGUUGAAAAUGCUGAUUUCUGAUUAAAUUAUUACCUACUGACUUCUUGAUUGGAUUACUUUCGAGCAAUUUUCAGGCGUCCCAUAAAGAGUAAGAGAUUACUUUCAAGAGAACAAUAAAGAGUAAAUCAACAGAGCAAUUCUCAGGCGUCCCAUAAAGAGAUUACUUUCAGGAGAACAAUAUAGAGUAAAUCAACAGAGCAAUUCUCAGGCGUCGCAUAAAGAGUAUAGCCUACCAUUCGUUUCCAAGAACUAUAUUUUGUUAAUGGGACAGGAGCUGUAAUUGAAAGCAUAUACGUGUUUGUUAUCAUUUGUAUACAUCAAGGAAGGAGAAGGGUAAAAUCUUAGGCCUCCUUACAUUUGUGCUCACCAUUUUUGCUUGCUGUAUACGUGAUGGAAAACGAAGAUUAUGAAAUUGGUCUCCCCUGUCCUCCUUUGGACGACCUUACAAUUUCUUUGGUUCAAAUCAUAUUUGAUUUGCGACCUGAGAAAUUCUUUGAAGGAGUAGCUGAUGAUAAGCCGGUGAUGGUUGAAUGCAGAGGCAAAGAAUUGAAGAGCCUAUUAUCUAUGUACAAGCGACAUAGAAAAUGUGAAGAAGAUAAGAAAACCACACAAAAAGAACCCACAGUGCAAAAGAAGUCAAGUGUGGAAGUUGACAAGACCUCCUAUGGUAGCAAGUUAGAGUCUACAAAAAGAAAAUUGCAUUCUUAUUAUCAAGAAGCUGAUAAAGUUAAAAGGGAGAAGCAGAUUCACAUCAUCGACCUAAUGGAUUUGCCAAAAGCUCCUACUAAGCCAAAGCCAAAGCCAAAGGUUCAACAUGCUAAGAAAUUUCAUCAUGAUCAGAAGGUGGCUGCCAUUGCUCAACACUAGCAGAAGCAAAGAAGUUCAGCUGAGGAGGAGUUAAGCAAAAGGACAUCAAGUUUACAUCUAUCGCCUACCACCUUACUUGUAUGAACUAAUAAGUA